AUGGCGAUUGCAGAUGUUGAUCUGAUUGACAUAUACAGGAGGCUGGUUGAUACCCUGUUGACCAAGGCAGAGCAUGUGAAACUAGGAAAGGAAAUCGAGCCUCCUUUAUCGGAAACACAGCUUGGGGAGUCUUUCUGGGUCGUCCAAGGGGAAGAUGAGCAGAUAUCUAAGCAAUUGAGUCAGCAAACCCGCUUUGCCGCUGUGGAACUCGCUUUCAGAGAGAAGUUCUAUAGUCUUCUCGCUACGACCGCGAUCGAUGACCCCGAGUUCGUUCGGAUAUGGAACCUGCUCGACAUCAUAUCUGUUUUCUCCGACAACGAACAAUGCGAGCCUGGUCUUAUAUUCUGGUUGAUCGAGGAGCUACUAGACAGCCAGACGAUUGAAGGCUGUCGUAAAGUCUUUGACUACUUGGAAUCUCGAAGAGAACGGAACACGAAGAAACAUUUCAAACAGAAAAACCUUAUCAUACUACGAUCAUGUAAUGAACUACUACGACGACUGUCGCGAGCGGAGGAUACAGUCUUUUGCGGCCGAGUGUUUAUCUUUCUCUUUCAAAGCUUCCCCCUAGGAGACAAAAGCGCAGUGAACCUGCGGGGCGAAUACCAUACCGAAAAUGUUACAACUUUUGAUACCAUUGCGAAGGGGGUCGCUGGUGGAACAGAUGAUAUGGAUGUGGAUAUGCCGGACACGAAGGAAUCAACUCCAUUGGCAGGUUCGGAUAAGCAGAAAAUGGAGACACACCGAGUCAACGAGAAGGACGGCAAAUCGCCCACGCCGAACGCCAUCAAGGCACCUGAGGUGACUGUUUCGAAGCCCGGUGAUUAUAGUGGGGAGCGCGCGCUGGAUCUGGAUACACUUUAUCCCAUCUUCUGGGGCUUGCAAGCCUACUUCUCUGCGCCGACAAAGGUUUUUGAUGCCCAGCACUUUGCUACAUUCAAGAGCGGGCUUGAAUCCACGUUAUCUGCGUUCCGGACGGUCAAUACCGACCUUGAAACUUCUAAUAGCAAGACACAGGAGGAAAUUCGGAAAUCGACCAAACGGAAACGAACAGCAGAUGGACCCGAAAUUGCAAGCAGUUUCAACCCAAAAUACCUGACUAGUCGGGAGCUUUUUGAUCUCGAGGUCAACGAUACAGCUUUCAGGAGACAUGUCUUGGUUCAGGCCUUAAUUCUUUUAGACUUCAUGCUUUCGCUUACGUCAAAAUCGAAAGCGAAGUUGGCUGAUUUAACUAACAAGUCCGUGCUGUACGGAUUCAUCCUGAGCGAUGAAGAUGCAAAAUGGGCGGUCAAGAUGAGGAAAUCGAUUGAGGGAUACCUUCAGGAAGGUGCUGGCGGAAAAUUCUACUAUCGUAUGGUGGAUACGGUUCUGUCGCGGGAUAAGAAUUGGGUGCGCUGGAAAGCUGAAGGUUGCCCUCCAAUUGAGAAGACUGCAGUCUCGGUCGAUGAGUACAUUGGUGCUCGUGAUAAAGCGACCAAGACCUAUGCCAACAAGCGUCUCCGUGUUUCCCCUAUGAAUUCUCUUAAUCUCAAGUUUUUAUCAGAGAGCGAGUCGUUAUCUGGAGUUGAACGGCUCAAAGAGCCAGAGAGGUUCAGCGUCCCAACUUCAGAAUCCCUGAUGGGGGUGAUCGAGGACGUCGAAUUUGACAUCGACACGGCACAGACUAGCGACGACAAAGAAGCCGCGAACCAAACAAAAGCGAGCAAAACUUGGCUGAUGUUACGCCUUUCAGCUAAGAGCAAGCUCGCAGCCUUUGAUAAGAUCGACGACGGGAAAAAUCUGAAGACCCUUUUCGAAUCCCCACAGUCCGCGGAGAGCACGACUCAACCCGCUCCAAGCACACCACAGGAGCCCACAACAAAGAAUUCUCAGGGGGCCGAAGCAAAUGGGUCCGUACAGGAUGACCAGAUGAACACCGAAACAGGAAGUGCCGCCGUUAUUGCUGAUUCGAAAACAGUCGAAGGGAACGAUGCAGCGACUAUUGUUGCACCGGGGUCAUGA